AUCAUAAAAAUAAAGGAACAUCAUAGAUGCAUAUGUCAGCUGGUGUUUCAUAUACAAAACCUCCAAAAUUAUUUGUUGAGUUUUACUAUACUUGAUGCAUUUCUAAGGAGUUGCAAAAUGAAAUGACGGUAGAGGGUAGACGAUAGACGGUAGUACCGAAGAGCGGCAAACAUCCAAACAUUAAUGGCUGAACCAUGAUGUUUGAUCAUAUGCUUGACGACAUACCCACACCUGUUAACGAUCGUAGCUGUUUAUUCUCCGCCAUCUUUAGAUUCUGCGCUUUUCAUUCCGUAAAACUACCGCGAUUUCUCGAGACCUCACGAGCCUCAUGUGCCUUCAUGCCAAAUCGUCUUGCGAAAAACGGUUGGAUUGAGGAAUGACUUGUCUUAGUCUUACAUUUUAAAAAGUGUAUGUUGUAUUGUGAAAGAUAUUUAUCGUAAAUCUUCUGUUGAUUGUGAAUGUGUUUCAGUGUUAGUUAAUUAAAUUGAAGGAUAUAUUGAAAAAGGAUGGCUGAUAUCAAUAUAGAUUUAGACAGUAAUGAUAGAACUGAACUUCUUGGGCAAGGAAUUCGAGCAUAUAUGAUGCGAGACUAUAACGCGGCCGUGUCUGCCUUAAGUAGAGCUAGUGAAAUAGGUGUCAAGGAGCAUAACGAUGAUAAACAUGACUCUCUUGCCGAAAUAUAUCUCUUUUACGGCAAAGCUCUUUUAGAGCUCUCACGGGAAGAAUCGGAACCAUUAGGAGAUGCGAUCCCUCGAGAGACUGAGGAUUCCGAUGACGAAGAGGAGGUUGAUCAGGAAGACAAUGAAGCAAAUGGAAUAACUGAAAGUGAUAAGAUGGACGUAUGUGAUAGUAACGAGAGUAAGCCAAAAGAUAAGUCUGAGAUCAGUACCGACGUAGCAGAAAAAGUUUCUGAAGAAACUAAAUCGCCUAACAAAACAGAACCACCUAAAGUGGAAGAAAGCGAGGAAGAUAAAGAACCAUCAUCUACACAAAGUGAAGCAAGUACCACAGAAGUGUCAUCUGUGAAGGAGCGUGAAGCUAAUCCUUCAAAAACAGAAAAAUCAAAUGCAGAUGAAGCAGUGACCAACGGUCAAGCAGAUAGUACAGACGACAUCCAAAAGACCAAUGGUCAUAGCGACUUGCAAGAAAAUGGUACGUCUGGAAAUAAAGAUGAAGCACAACAGAAUGGUGUUGAAUCUGAACCAUGUACAAGCCAAGAGAAUGGCGAAAAAGUUGAAGAAACUGAAGAUGAACCUACAGAUCUUCAAGUAGCAUGGGAGGUUCUUGAACUGGCAAAAAUAAUCUACGAGAAACGGGGAGAGAGUAGCAAAAAAGACUUAGCUGAAACAUUAAUAACACUUGGAGAGGUAUCGAUGGAAAGUGAAAAUUUUGAUAGUGCUAUUACCGAUAUUAAACAGGGUUUGGAGAUUCAGAAAACCAUACUCGAUAAUAACAGCCGGAAGUUGGCAGAAACGUAUUACAAACUGGGCAUGGCUCUUUCCACUAAUAACCAAAUUGAAGAAGCCAUAGAAAACUUUAACCACUCAUUGAAAAUUUUAAAUAAUAAAGUUGACAAAUUGAAAGAAAGCGACGGAAAUUCUAAAGUUCAAACCGAAAUAGACGAAAUCAAAUCCUUGAUUCCUGAAAUAGAAGAAAAAAUUGCCGACAUGAAAUGUUUCAAAGAAGAAGCAUUGAAGAAGCUUAGUAUUACUUUAGAAAAGCAAUCCGGAACCAAGACGGACGGAAGCAGUUCUGAUACGAAGGCAAACGAUAUAUCUCAUUUGGUCAAAAGAAAGCGUAAAAUAGAAGAAAUAACUGAAGAAUUGGAAGCUAAUCCCUCAAAGAGGAAAACCCCCGAAGACAAAAAAUCUCCAGAAGAAGUUGUCAGCACUGUCGAAGAAGUGAAGACCAGUGAAUAAGUUUAAUAAAAAGACUGUGUUAUUUAUUUAAAAUGUAAGGUUCGAAAUGAUAAAUGUUGUUUGGUUGAAACAAAAAGACUUGAUUUUUAGAUGUCCAUAUUUAUAUUUGUACUCAACUACGUUUUUAUUUCAUUAAAGCAUUCGUUCAUA